AUGGCAAAUUUGAACGUUUGCCGGUUAUGCUUAACAGAAACAGAAGACAUUUUGAUAGAGCUAACGAAAGAUGACGCUACAGUUCAAACGAUAUUCACAUUAACAUCAUUGCAGUUACUUCCCCCGGACGCAAUCAAUCCUGUGUUUAUAUGUACUGAUUGCCAAUCUUUGCUGGAGCAGUUUGCGGAGUUUCGCAGCGCUUGUCUGAAAAAUGAUGAAUUAUAUCACAAGCUGGAGGCUGUAAAACUGGAAGUAAUAACUCUAGACGAAGCACAGGCACUAGACCCACUCUAUGAUGAAGAAAUUACAUUAGAAAAUGAAAAAAAUAUUUUGGUCGAAGAAGUUAUUACAGAAGAACAAACGGAGAUUCAAUCGCCUUCGAAGGAUGCACACACUAGAACAUUAAAAAGGAAAAAGUCCAAACCUAUCUCAACGAAAAAAAGAUCCGUAAGCAAAACUGAGAAUACGGCUGUACACAGCUCGGAAAAGCAGCGUUCUACAUCUAGCGGCAAUCGACUUGUACCGUGCGUGCAAUGUGGCAAAAUGAUAGUACGAUCUAACAUGAAAAAGCAUCUGGAUACACACAAUCCAACUCCUCCGAAAAUGUUUUGCUCACAUUGCGGCAAAAGCUUCAAAGAUGUUCAUUUGUUGAAUAUGCAUGUGAAUGGGAAUCACACAUUUGAAAAGAAAUAUGAUUGUAAAGUAUGUGGCAAGGUGUACUUUCGAUCGAAUUCGUUACGAGAGCAUGUACUUGCGAAUCAUUCUACCGAAAAGCGGUAUGAGUGUGGGAUGUGUAGCAUGAAGUUUUCAAACUACGCGAAGAAAAAUUACCACUUCAUUAAGAUGCAUACAGUAGCCAAGCCGUUUAAUUGCCAGUUUUGCGAUAAAGCUUUUAAAAUGAAAAGCGACUUGACUCUUCACACUAGAACGCAUACGGGAGAAAAACCGUUUUCUUGCGAUAUUUGUGGGAAAAGAUUCAACAAAAGCUAUAAUGUCGUUAUUCAUAAAAAAUCUCAUCAAAAUAAUAAGGCAAUCGUGUCCCAAAAGACAACUAAAGCAGAGGUUGGCGAAUAA